UUACAGUCUAAAUUCUGGUUUCGUUUACAAAUUACGAGAAACUGUAGCCACUAGUCUGUCUGUACUCUGUAGGCGCUUGUUGUUGAUAAGGAUUUAACGACUCUAGUUGGGGCGAGGAAAGGGGUCGUGUUAUCAGUUCAAGUGUGCGUGUGUCGUUGUGUUUCAUUCAAUGAGUUAUGACAUAGUUGAGCUGAAAAAAAGGCUAUGUCAACUGUCAAGUGGUAACAAACUCUAAAUACAGUUAUAAUCGCCAAGGUACUUAAAAAAACUCGUGUGCUCUCUCGUUGCGACAGUUUUUUUUACCAAUACUUGGAUGACUGGCUCAAAGCACAAAUUUAACCGCGAAAUGAUCGCGGUUGUCGUUGUUAACUCAUGCCAGAAACGGUAAAGUUUUAGACAUCGUGUAGUUGUUACUUGUUAUUUUUGUUGAAGUAGUUUUAGGUAGUAACGUAUAAUAUUAAAAACAAAUUGUAUUUCGCGCUCGGAGGCCAUCCAAAUUUUCACUUUUUACGCAACAUAUUAUUAAAUAUAAUUAUUAAUACAAUACGUACCAAUAUUGUCGUUAACGCAUUCCUAUAUUGUUCAGUGGUUUUCCUAUUAAUACUUUAUUUUUAAGAAUUUAUAUAAUUUUUUAUUGUGCGUCUAAUGUCUUAAAAUCGGUGACGGGUCAUCAAUUUAUAAAUAACAGAAGACAACAUAUUAUUCUAUAAUGGCCACGAAUUACAUCAGAAAACCAGUAAUUUUUGUUACAAUAUGUGUCUUAAUGUCUGACUACGUCAAUUCUUUACCAAUGGAAGUGCUAAGUACAACUUCAGUGACUUCAGAGAAAACUAAUGCCGACACACCAGUUGUUAGUUUAGGAUUUGUACAUGCCUUUGUUGCAUCUUUGUCUGUGAUAGUUGUGUCCGAAUUGGGCGAUAAGACAUUUUUCAUUGCUGCUAUUAUGGCUAUGCGACAUUCAAGAAUAACUGUUUUUGCCGGUGCCAUUUCAGCUCUAGCUCUUAUGACAGUUUUAUCAGUACUAUUUGGUUAUGCUGCAACAAUAAUUCCUCGAGCAUAUACUUACUACAUUUCAACUGCAUUAUUUGCCAUAUUUGGUCUGAAAAUGCUCAGAGAAGGCUUUAAAAUGUCAGCUAAUGAAGGUCAAGAUGAACUAGAAGAAGUUCAAGCUGAUAUAAGAAGAAAAGAAACUGAGUGCAAGAAGGAUAAGAAAGAAACUUCUCCAGUUGCACAGAAUUCUGACGAUUUGCCAGUGACACCACCUGUGGUGGAGACCAUUAUGCCAUCUAAUGACAAUAAUACGAAGGAAAUUGAUGUGGAACAACAAGCUACUAGACAGUGUCGCUUUAGGUGUGGCAGCAAAAGUCUAUUGUUUGUGUCACAGACUUUACUUCAAGCGUUUACAAUGACGUUCCUGGCCGAAUGGGGGGAUCGUAGUCAAUUGGCAACAAUUAUUUUAGCAGCAAGAGAAAAUGCUUAUGGCGUUGCACUAGGAGGUGUGUUAGGACAUUCGUUUUGUACCGGCUUAGCAGUAAUAGGUGGACGUUUUAUUGCCCAAAAAAUUUCUGUCAGAACUGUAACUAUUGUUGGCGGUGUUGUAUUUAUAAUGUUUGCAUUGACGGCACUAAUGUUUGAUCCGAAUGAAGGAGAAACGUAGCUGUUAAUAUCUUCAAAUAUAACUUUAAUGAGCAACAAAAGCUUAGAAAUAUUCAGAUUUGUUAACUGAAAAAUACCUAUUUGAAUCAAAGAUAAUUUAUAAUUACUUGAGAACAUAAUAUAUUCAUUGAAAUGAAAUAGUACAAACCAAACAUUUGGUUUGUAGUUAUGACUAAUAUAUUUGUGUUAUGAUUAUUUACUUAUUAUUUUUUUAAAAUGUCAUUAACACAAAGUCAAGAACGUAAGAUUAUUUUUUUUUUACAUUUAAAAUAUUUACGUGUUAUUUUUUUAUUUAAGCCAUAUGAAUUACUUUACUUAAACAAACGCCAUUGUAUUACCUUUUAAAACCAAAUUAUGUAUAAUUUUA